ACCGGGAGCGCGCGCCAGGAACGGGAACGCGCCCGCCCGCGUCGCCCGCCUCAGCCGCCGAUACACGACAUCCUAACCGGUCGGCCACACCUGAUCACAAAGAAACGUUGCUCUCUCUCUGAUUUUCAGUUGUACCUUUUAAGAUAAAGACCCCAUCUUUGUUAAAUUACCUUUUCCCCAUUCUCUUAAUAAUUGGCGCCCCAAAGUGAACUUUUUAAACAUGUUUAACCUAAUUAAAAAAGACAAAGACAAAAAGGAAAAGAAAGACAAAAAGGAAAAGCGGGAGAAAAUGUCUGCAUCGGAAUUGAAAAGCCUCGAGGAAGUUGGUCUUCGUAGAGGACUCUUUAAUUUGAGUCGAUCUUCAAAGCGGGAAUCGAAGACCAAACUGGAAAUCUCUGCCCCAAUCCCAAUAAAAGUGGCCAGCAGUUCUGAUCUCAAUCUCACUGACAUUGAUUCAGACUCAGUUAGUAAUCGGGGAAGCAUGAUUUUUGAUUCUGAACAGUUGAGUACGGCCAGUUCUAGUGAUGACCUCAAAAUAGAUGACAGCAGUUUGAAGGGAUCGGUACUACAGCGAGCAGCUUUAUUUGGCUCUCUGGCUAAACAGAAUUCAGUCCAGUUAGUUAAAAGAUUCUCUUUUUCACACAAGAAUCGAGAAGAAACGACGUCAGAAAUAUCAACUCCAUCGGAAAACUCUGCGACUCCUUCACCGCAGGUCGAGAUGAGGAAUGAAAACCUACUUCUUGAGUACCUGGAAGAAAUGCCAGGAAAUCCAUCAAGUGCAACGUUAAUGGAAGGUCCCGAUAUUCACCUUCCUGAGGUUGUAGAUAAAAUCUUUGCUGCUGAUUUGAGAUUGCCCCCCGUGGUACCACCUUUGCCGACAGAGCCUCGAGAACUCGUCCUGCAGAGAAGAAACACGGGAGACUUUGGUUUCUCUUUGCGGAGAACCACCAUGCUGGACAGGGGCCCCGAUGGACAAGUGUACCGCAGGAUGGUUCAUUUUGCAGAGCCUGGAGCUGGCACCAAAGACCUGGCCUUGGGCCUGGUGCCUGGCGACAGACUGGUGGAAAUUAACGGUAAAAACGUUGAAAAUAUAUCACGGGACGAGAUAGUGGAGAUGAUCCGUCAGUCUGGAGACACCGUGAGAUUGAAAGUGCAGCCGAUCCCCGAGUUGAACGAACUCAGUCGAUCUUGGCUGCGAACCCACAAAGGGAUUCGUCGAGAUGCUUUUAGUGUUAAGGAGGAAAUUCCUGUUUCAAAGAAAAUAUCUACACUAGGAUCAGAAAAUCCAGAUCAAGACCAAGAAGCAAACCUUGAAUCAUCUUCAGAAAGAGAUGAACAUAAUGAUGCACUGAAGGUCAGAAUGGAAGAGAUCUGUGGGGCACAGCCCGAGCUGAACGGAGAAGGUGAACAUUCAAAGCGAUUGUCUGACGGGGCAUUCAAUGCACAAGAGGAGCUGAAGAAUAACAUGAAUAACACAAAUCAGCGGCAGUUGCCUCCAGAAGGGGAGGAACCUCCGAAGAAAAGGGUGGUUAGAAUAGUCAGGAAAGUGAUACGGAAGGUUGUACCAGGAGAAGGAAGAAGCGAAAAGGAAAAAUCCGCAGCGAUGAAGCAGAAGGAGCAAGUGGCAGAGAAAAAGGUGGAAGGUAAAAGCAUCUCGGUAACAAAGGCAGGAUCGAGGACUGAUGGAGUCAAGGCAAUGAGGCUGAAGGAUGAGAAGAAUGUUCCUAUUCCUCCCAAAGCAGAAACAGUAAUUCCAACAAAGAAAAUGGAGAAAGACGAUAUCUCGACAGGGUUGACCAGUCUAAUGGCUCGAGGGAAAAGUAAAGAUCGCAAAAUUCGGGUGAAACCCCCGGAGAAGAAAGAGGAUAUUUCUAAUAGCGUUCCUGCUGCGAGGCUCAAUUCACCUUCCCCGGAGACUGGGGGAGUGCUGAGUGAGCCACGAGUGGCAGCAUUGCCUACAAGCGAGGAGACCACAUCUUCCAGCGUGCAACAAAACCCAGAUCAGCAAAUGGUGCCUUCACUUAUUGCUGAAGAAUUUCCAGCAGAUUACUUUAACCAGGCUCGGAGGAUGCCACAGCAAAUGACUCCCACGGAUGAAGCUCAGAUGAGGCUGGAGAGAAUUUUCAAUAUUCCACUGGAACCUGUGGUCUCACCGACACAGAGCCUUGAUCCCAAGACCCACUCCGACGAUCUGGUGCAGGCAGGUGUCUGGGCUGGUGUUUGUGCCCGUGUAUCAUGCUGGACUAGGGUGGAAGAGGUGCCAGCAGCUAUACUCCAGUCUCCCUCAGCAUCUACCUCAACCCAGCCCCAGGUGAAGACCGAGGAGCAGAUUGCUGCAGAGCAGGCAUGGUUUGAAGCAGAUAAGGUGUGGCUGGUCCAUAAAGAUGGCUUUUCACUGGCUACUUGUUUAAAAACUGAUGCUGCGGUCUCCAAACUCCCAGAAGGUAAAGUGAAAAUUAAACUGGAUCAUGAUGGGACUAUUCUGGAUGUGGAUGAAGAUGAUGUGGAAAAGGCCAAUCCACCAAGCUAUGACCGAGUGGAAGAUUUUGCAUCCUUGUUGUAUCUCAAUGAAUCGAGUGUUCUGCACACAAUACGCCAACGGUAUGGAGGUAACCUAACCCACACGUACACCGGGGCCAACAUGGUCGUUGUCAAUCCGCUCAGCUCACCGUCAAUGUACUCCGAGAAGGUUAUGCACAUGUUUAAAGGAUGUCGCAGAGAGGACACAUCCCCGCAUGUCUACGCUGUUGCACAAGCUGCCUACAGAAACCUUCUCACCACCAGGCAGGACCAAUCCAUCGUUCUUCUGGGCAGAAGUGGCAGUGGAAAAACGACAAACAGUCAACAUCUCGUUCAGUAUCUGGUUACAAUUGCUGGGAGCACAGGGAAAAUUGUGACUGUGGAGAAAUGGCAGGCAGUGUGUUCAGUUUUGGAAGCCUUCGGCAACAGCUCGACAAGUAUGAACAGCAACGCCACCCGCUUCUCGGAGAUUGUCUCACUUGACUUUGAUCAGGCUGGACAGGUGGCUUCGGCCUCUGUACAGACUAUGCUUCUGGAGAAGGUCAGGGUAGCCAAGCAUCCUGGGACUGAGGGCACAUUUAAUGUGUUCUACUAUCUCAUGGCCGGUGUUGACAAUACUCUAAGAACAGAGCUUCACUUGAAUCAUAUUGCAGGAAACAAUGCUUUUGAAAUUGCACCUUUAACAAAGCCCGAAGAAAAGCAAAAGGCAGCCCAGCAAUUUAACAAACUUCAGGCUGCUCUGAAGUGUCUCGGGGUUUCAAAUGAAGAACAGAAAGCGCUUUGGCACAUCCUGAGUGCCAUCUAUCACUUGGGGGCAGCAGGUGCCACGAAAGACGGUGAUGAAGCUGGAAGGAGACAGUUUGCUCGACAUGAGUGGGGACAAAAAGCAGCUUACUUGUUGGGCUGCAACUUGGAGGAAUUGUCCUCCGCAUUGUUUAAGCACCAAUCGAAGGUUCAGAGGUCAACUUCAUUUCGUCAAGGGCCAGAUGACGGUGGACAGGGAGAUGGCUCAGGGCCCAAGAUAACCGCAAUGGAAUGUCUUGAAGCAAUGGCAUCCAGUUUAUAUGGAGAGAUGUUUACGGUGCUAAUCUCACUCAUUAAUAGGGCUCUCAAGUCCUCUCAGCAUUCACUUUGUUCCAUAAUGGUAGUGGACACCCCUGGAUUCCAGAACCCAAAAGCCACCUCAUCUGAAAGAGCUGCCACUUUUGAGGAACUCUGUCAGAAUUAUGCCCAGGAGCGCUUACAGAUGCUCUUCUACGAGCGAACAUAUUUGAAAGAGCUUGAUCGGUAUAAGGAGGAAGACAUAGACCUUGACUUAGAUGAAGUAGAAUCCAGCUGCCCUUUUUCUGUGGAUGCCGUAGAUCAAACUUGUCAUCAAGCACUGGUGCGAACGUUGGCUCGGACAGAUGAAGCAAGAGGACUGCUUUGGCUGCUGGAGGAAGAAGCGCUGAAACCCGAUGGAAGUGAAGACACCCUUUUAGAGCGACUCUUCACAUACUACGGCCAACAAGACGGAGACAAGAAUGGCCAAGGCUCAUUACUGAAAGGCAACAAGCGUCACCAUUUCAUCCUUGGUCAUUGCUCGAAUACUAACUGGGUGGAGUAUGACACAACAGGCUGGUUGAAUUAUGCAAAGCAGAACCCUGCCACUCAAAACGCUGCCGCCCUACUUCAGGAUUCUCAGAAGAAAAUGAUAAGCAAUCUGUUCAUGGGUCGAGCAGGGACUGUGUUGUCUGGUUCAAUUGCUGGCCUGGAGGGUGGAUCCCAGCUUACGUUGAGAAGGGCUACAAGCAUGAGAAAGACAUUCACCACUGGUGUAGCUGCAGUGAAAAAGAAAUCAACAUGCAUUCAUAUUAAACUCCAAGUGGAUGCCCUUCUUGACACGGUGAAAAAGUCCAAGAUCCAUUUCGUCCACUGUUUGUUGCCUAAAACUGAUGCUUUUACUGAAACCAAAGUGUCUCCCACUUCGUCUCUGAAGUCUGGAAUCAUAGAAACUGAUGUGCAAGCAGAAAACUUUGAAGCAGGUCUAAUGCAGCUGGACGUACCUCUUCUUCGGGCCCAGAUUAGGGGCUGCAAACUGCUUGAUGCCCUCCGGAUAUACAGACAAGGCUACCCGGAUCAUAUGGUCUUUUCUGAAUUCAGACGCCGUUUCGAUGUUCUUGCGCCGCAUCUUACCAAAAAACACGGACGUAACUAUAUUGUUACAGAUGAAAAGCGGGCUGUCGAAGAGCUUCUGGAGUCUCUGGAUUUGGAGAAAAGUAGCUAUCACAUGGGCCUUAGUCGGGUGUUUUUCAGAGCAGGGACCCUUGUUAAAUUGGAAGAACAAAGGGAUGAACAGACCAGAAGGAACAUCACACUCUUCCAGGCAGCUUGCAGAGGAUACCUGGCACGGCAGCAUUUCAAGAAGAGAAAGAUUCAAGAUCUAGCAAUCCGUUGUAUCCAGAAAAACAUUAAAAAGAACAAAGGAGUCAAGAACUGGCCAUGGUGGAAAGUGUUCACGACAGUUCGGCCAUUAAUUGAGGUCCAGUUGACAGAAGAACAAAUAAGAGGCAAAGACGAGGAGAUACAGCAGCUACGCAGCAAAGUAGAGCGGGUUGAAAAGGAACGCAAUGAGUUGCGGCUCACAGGCGAUCGGCUGGAAAGCAGGCUUGGAGAACUGACAUCUGAAUUAACAGAUGAGAGAAACACUGGUGAAUCAACGUCUCAACUUCUGGAGACUGAAUCAGCAGACAGACUUCGCCUAGAGAAAGAAAUGAAAGAGUUACAGGCUAAAUGUGAUGGAAUGAAGAAACAAAUGGAUUCAAUGGAAAUGGAAGUGAUGGAAGCUCGACUCAUCAAAGCAGCGGAAUUAAAUGGAGAGCUUGACGAUGACGAGUCGGGUGGGGAGUGGAGGAUGAAGUACGAGCGUGCAGCCAGAGAGAUAGACUUCACCAAGAAACGGAUGCAUCAGGAGUUUGAAGACAAGCUGGAGGUUGAAUUACAGACCAAGAGGCAAAUGGAGCGAAGAGUUGCAGAUUUGCAAGCUGAUAAUGAGGAAAUGCAACGCAGCAUUCAACAGUUGAAGAAGAAAUCCCAGCGACUUACAGCAGAGUUGCAGGACACCAAGCUUCACCUGGAAGGACAACAAGGACGUAACCAUGAAUUGGAAAAGAAGCAACGAAAGUUCGACAGCGAGUUAUUGCAAGCACAAGAUGAAUCUCAGAGAGAAAAGAUUCAUAAAGAGAAACUGAGCAGAGAAAGAGAUGGUUUUAUAGCAGAGAUAUUCAGUCUGAAGCAACAGCUGGAUGAUAAAGAUUCGGAGAUUCUCACCGUAAGCCAGAGGGCCGAGCGGCUGGACGUGGAGCUGCAGGAUCUGUCUUCUCAAGAAUCCAAGGACGAGGCUUCGCUUGCUAAGGUGAAGAAGCAGGUUCGUGAGUUGGAGGCCAAGGUUAAGGACCAGGAGGAGGAGCUGGAUGAACAAGCUGGGACUAUCCAAAUGCUAGAACAGGCCAAACUUCGACUGGAAAUGGAAAUGGAAAGGUACAGACAAACUCAAGGCAAGGAAAUUGAUAACAAAGAAGAGGAAGUGGAAGAAAUUAGGCAGUCUUGCCAGAAGAAGUUAAAACAAUUUGAGCUGCAAUUAGAAGAAGAGUAUGAUGAUAAACAGAAAAUCCUGAGAGAGAAAAGAGAUCUGGAGAACAAACUGUCUGUAGUCAGUGAAAAGGUCAGUGAAAGGGAUUUUGAAACUGAAAAACGGCUUCGCAAGGAUCUUCGACGGACAAAGGCUCUUCUAGCUGAUGCCCAAAUAAUGCUGGACCACUUCAAAAACAACGCACCCAGCAAACGGGAGAUCGCACAAUUGAAAAACCAGCUUGAAGAGUCAGAGUUCACGUGUGCAGCCGCUGUCAAAGCUCGGAAAUCAAUGGAGGUUGAAAUGGAGGAUCUGCACCUUCAGAUUGAAGAUAUCUCCAAGGCCAAAGUUGCACUGGAAGAGCAGCUGAGUCGCAUCCAACGUGAAAAGAAUGACUUGCAGAGCCGUCUUGAGGAAGACCAGGAGGACAUGAAUGAACUCAUGAAGAAACACAAAGCGGUAGUGGCUCAGUCAUCCAGGGACCUUGGGCAGAUUAAUGAACUACAGUCACAACUGGAUGAAGUUUACAAAGAGAAACAAGAGCUGCAAGAAAAGUUACAAGGAUUGCAGAGUCAACUGGACUUUGCAGAACAAUCCAUGGUGGAUAAGUCGUUGGUGAGCAGACAAGAAGCCAAGAUUCGUGAACUGGAAACCAAACUGGAAUUUGAGAAGACCCAGGUCAAACGUUUUGAGAGCCUAGUUAGUCGUCUCAAGGAAAACCUGGAAAAACUGUCAGAAGAGAGAGAUCAGAGAUCGGCGGCUGAGAACCGUGAGAAGGAGCAAAACAAGCGCUUGCAACGGCAGCUGAGGGACGUAAAGGAGGAAAUGGGGGAGCUCACCAAGAAGGAAUCAGAGGCCAGCCGCAAAAAGCACGAAUUAGAAAUGGAUAUCGAAAGUCUUGAAGCUGCAAAUCAGAGUCUACAGUCUGACCUCAAACUCGCUUUUAAACGAAUUGGAGAUCUACAAGCAGCAAUUGAGGAUGAAAUGGAAAGUGAUGAAAAUGAUGACCUUAUUAACAGUUUGCAAGAUAUGGUGACAAAGUAUCAAAGGAGAAAGAAUAAAACUGAAUGUGAUUCAGACACAGACUCUGAAGUUGAAAAGCGUGUGGAUGGUGUCAAAUCCUGGCUAUCAAAGGGCAAGGGCUCGGAUGAUGGAAGCCUAAAGAGCUCAAGAUUUUCUGUUAGCUUAGACCUGAAAGAGGGGAAGGAAGGGAAGGAAUUAAAGGAAGGGAAAGAAGUGCAGGACUUUAGACCUGCGUCGGUGAUGAGUUCCCUCAGCUAUCGUAAACGGGGGAACAUGAAGGAUUCUCUCGGUGGUAAGAGCAACGCUGACUCUCUCCUGUCGACGCUGAGUAAAGAGCGGUCCUUGUCUCCGGAGAGAACGUUUCGAAAGGCAAAGAAAACCACCAGUGCGGACAACUUGAACGACACCACCAGUUCACGGAAAAGAUUCCAGGCAGCAGACGAGCUGGACGAUGGAGGGUCUGUUAUUUCUCAGGCGUAUUCGGAGGCCACGAGUCGAGCAAGAAAGGGGCUGGACAGGAGAUGGGCCUUGGCCAGUCCUGACUUUGACAAAGCUUCCACCGUGUCGGUUCCCAUCAGCCGAGCUUCCACAAGGCGAGCUCUGGAAGCCGACGAUGAUGCAAAAUCCUCGGUGAGCUUUGCCCUAACCAGUCCCACAGCCGGUGUGAGGAGAAGCCUCUCUCGGCUCGACGACAACCACGCUGACAUGUUCAGUCCAACCAGCCCCUUGCUCAGCCGUCGAUUAGAGUUGGGCCUACAGAGCCCUACCCUCAGCCGCACGGACACAAGACUGUCCAUUUCGAGGAGUAGAUUGGGUGAGUUGGAAGACGAUGAUGCCGCUGUGAGUGUGGCGCUGAGCGAACGGUCGUUCUCCAGUCAACACUCUGGCGGGAGAAGUUUCAGUGUUCCUCCAAGACUGCGCUCAUCUGUCUCGGACGAAGCCCUCCCUGACGGCGCGGACAUCAAGCCUGUCGGUCACAGGAACUACCUGGAUCCAGAUUUAGAGGCUGCCAUUAAAGAAGUUCUGGAUUACAAACCAAUCACGUUCAAAAGACAAAGUCUGGACCCAGACGAGGAGGACGAUGGAGAAACAAGCAAACAACCGAGCAGUCUUCGCAGAUUAUCCUCCUCAGUGGACGUAAGUAAGAAGAACAAAGGCAAGAAGCACAGGAGUUCCGAUUCCGAUUCUUCCGCGUCGGGGGAGGAGGAGCAGCGAAAGAAAGGCUCCAAGAAACGUUCAAAAAAGUUCAAGAAGAAAUCCAAAAAGAAGGAGAGCGACUCGGACUCGUCGGAGUCCUCCAGCUCCUCCUCUUCCGGCUCCACGGUCUCGUAUCGAAGCAUCAACAGCGUCAAACGAGGCACAAAGAAGAGAGAACCUUACUCACCGGAUGACGACGGUAAAGAAGACAAGGCUGACGGAAAUUCCGGGAAGAAAACGAAGAAGACCGAUAAGAAGAGGAUGAAGCAAGUAGACAGUGUGAUGAUGAAGUACUUGUACCGACCAGAGAGCGACGAGUGAACCCUCCUCUGUACCGCCGGCACAUCACGGUCGUAGACUCUGAGGAUGAUGCGGACGGCACGGAAGACAAUCUCAAAUCCAGGUUGACAACAAGACGACUGCUGAGCAACAGUGAUAUUGACAGCAAAACUGUGGAGUCAAAUGCAUAGCGAUGAUGAUUGCUCUCUGACAACAAGUUCACACACGGCAAAUGUGGAGGAAGGAACUGCAGGUGCUGGUUUACACCGAAGAUAGACACAAAACACUGGAGUAACUCAGCGGGGCAGGCAGCAUCUCCGGAGAGAAGGAAUGGGUGAUGUUUCGGGAAUAUGAAACGUCACCCAUUCCUUCUCUCCGGAGAUGCCGCCUGUCCCGCUGAGUUACUCCAGCGUUUUGUGUCUGUGUUCGGUACAGCGACUGAGAUUGGAAUACUUGGGAUUAUACUCCAGUAUAAACCACAAUAAUGACAAGAAUUAAAACAGGGUGAAUGAAGUAUGAGUAUAAUCUCGCUAACAAGUUUGCAUGAUUUUUAUAGACUGCGGUUACUUGAAAUUUAAAUUGGAUCGGGAUUUCUUCCAAGUGUGGAUACUGCUGCCGUCAUUGAAAUCUUCUAGAACCUUGAGAAUCAUUUUUGUCCUCUAUUGCUUUGGCUAGAUUUCCGUACAAUUGUCUGCUUUCAAAGUCCGAUUUAAACUUCUCAUCUCUGGUUGGAAUUAGGGUGCCACAGAGGUUUACAUGUAAUUAUUCUUACCUAAGCCAAAGAUUACUUUCUUUCUUAUCGAGCUGUGAUAAACUGGAAACACAAACUCAAAUAAUAGCAACACAAACAUCCCCUUAUUUGGCUUCAAACUUUGGUUUUCUUUGAGGUGUGUGUGUGUGUGUGCAUAUGUUAAUAGUUUUUGGAUGGGAAGACAUUUUGUUUGGAUCAUUUGUUGAUGUAAUUUCUUACACAUUCUGUUUAUGAUUUGAAACUUUAAACAAGUGUGUGAUGUAGUUGAGACCAUUGCCUCUUGCAGUACACAAUGAUGCACGUACAAGUCAUAACUAGUUGUAUCUUUAAUCUUCAUUCAUUAAGGUAUUUUUCCAGAAGAUCAAGUAAUUAGAAAGGAUGGGCACUGGGGAAGUUAGAUGCCUUCUAAAAGUAAUUGUUGGCUUCUAAUAAUGUAUAGUUUUACCUCAUUAUCUUGCUUGCUUAUACAUCGGGAAAAUAGUGCACAAUAGUCAAAAUGUAAUAAAUGACCAUCUUUUGAUCUCAAUUAAGUCAAUGUAUAAUUUGGAUCAAAUGUGAUGUGCCGUCUUCAAAUGAUGGCUUGGAAGGAAAAUUAUGUUAUAAAUUCUUAAAUGACCAUGUCCCGCUAUUCACUUCAAAAGCUGGUAAAUCAAACCAUUUUAUUUGCUCAUUAUGAAUUUUAGGUAUAUUGUAUAUAUAAAAUCACUCCUUUGUGGUAUUUUUCUGUUUAUCAAUCCAUCGGGAUCUAGGUUGGAGCUUUGAUACAUUGUAUGAAACAAUACUACCUUUAUAUAUUGACGGUUGUCAUAAAUUUGCAUGGAUUGUCUAGAUUACUAAGACACUUGUGUAUAAAGCCAACUGCAAAUUGUACUUCUCUUGAAUGGUCUGUGGCUCAGUAUGCCGUAAGUAUUGGGUAUAAAAAUCUUAUCUAACUGUGCACUUUUCAAGAAUGCAGUCGAUGUACAUCUUUAGUUAGUACAGAUAAUAGCAAACAGAUUGCAGUGCUGCAAGGUUUAUUAAUACUUGUACUGAAAUGUUAUUAAACGGUACCAUGUGAUUCACUUAAUCUAAAUGUGGCACUGAUGUACAAAAUCCUGUCAUACAAUUUCCAAGCUGAAUUGUUAUGAUAACAAGAAUUCACGAGUUCUCUCUUCAAAGGUUUCUCUUACGGUUUAAAGGAAACAGAUUCACCAGAGGAACAAAUGUGUAAGAUGAAGAUCAAUUUAAAUUGCUUCAAAAGACAGCAAACAUCAGGAAACGAUAUUGUCCUUGAUUGUGUAUUUUUUUGACUAUUUAUGUUUCAAAAUAAACUUUUUGGUUGCCUUUA